AUGUACCUGCGUCCCCGUGUUAUGUUAGCUGCUAAUGUUAGCGUGUACCUGCGUCCCCAUGCUAUGUUAGCUGCCAAUGUUAGCGUGUACCUGCGUCCCCGUGCUCUGUUAGCUGCCAAUGCUAGCGUGUACCUGCGUCCCCGUACUCUGUUAGCUGCCAAUGCUAGCGUGUACCUGCGUCCCCGUGCUAUAUUAGCUGCUAAUGUUAGCAUGUACCUGCGUCCCCAUGCUAUGUUAGCUGACAAUGUUAGCAUGUACCUGCAUCCCCGUGCUAUGUUACCUGCUAAUGUUAGCGUGUACCUGCGUCCCCGUGCUCUGUUAGCUGCCAAUGUUAGCGUGUACCUGUGUCCCCGUGCUAUGUUAGCUGCUAAUGUUAGCAUGUACCUGCGUCCCCGUGCUAUGUUAGCAGCCAAUGUUAGCGUGUACCUGCGUCCCCGUGCUAUGUUAGCUGCUAAUGUUAGCGUGUACCUGCGUCCCCGUGCUAUGUUAGCUGCCAAUGUUAGCGUGUACCUGCAUCCCCGUGCUAUGUUAGCUGCUAAUGUUAGCGUGUACCUGCGUCCCCGUGCUCUGUUAGCUGCCAAUGUUAGCGUGUACCUGCAUCCCCGUGCUAUGUUAGCUGCCAAUGUUAGCGUGUACCUGCGUCCCCGUGCUCUGUUAGCUGCCAAUGUUAGCGUGUACCUGCAUCCCCCGGCACCAGGAGACCGGGAGUCCAAUGUCUCUAACAUGCUGUUGCCCAUGGCUCCCUUCCAGCUGCGACAGCGUGCGUCGUCCUACGAGGCAGACCCGUGUUUAACAGCAGCCACACACAGCAGACACAUCAGGCCCUCGGCCCAUGCCACCUGA